UAUUUGAAACAAUUUUUAAUAUCUAAUUUGAAUUCAAAAUGAGCGGCAAGGGUUACAACAUGGACCAAUAUCAAGAAAUGCAACAAUACUACCAGAAUGAAGAUUCCUCCUCUGAAGAAGCAGAGGGAGAGUACUACGAAGCAGAAGGAGAAUCAAAUUAUGACGAACAGGAUAAUUACUACCAACAGAUUAAGGACAUGCAGCUAAACCAAAUCCAAAACGAAGGCCAUCAGUUUGAAUAUAGAGAGGACAACAUGUUUGACAACCAUCACAAUGAACAAUUAGCUUCGGAUGAAGAAAAGGAUCAUGAAGUGGAAGAAGGCUAUGAGGAAGAAGCACAAGAAGAAGAACUAAAUAAUUAUCACCAGAUGGAGCCAAACUUCGCAAAUAAGAAUAAUGAGGCGCUUUAUCAUCAUAAUGAGGAAGAGGAUCAUCAAAAUAAGCUAGCAAUGCAACCAAAAUUUGCUGAAAUGCAAGUGGAAAAUGCGCAAAUGUUCGAUGCUGAAACCAUGAAUAAGAACAAACCAAACAUGGAAUCUAUUGAAGAAGGAUAUUCUUCUGAAGAUAGCUUUGGAACUCAGCAAAAAUAUAAAAAUUUUCAAGAAAAUCUUGAAUACUUUAAAGAACAAUCCAAAAGGCCAGUUACUGCAAUGCCAAUGAAGAACAAGAGGAACCAUAUCAACCUCAAAACUGGAAAAGUGAACAACCAAGAAAAUAUUAAUUAUUUGAACAAUGACGAUCCUUCAAUGCUGGAGGCUCCUCAAACUAUUAAGAAAAAGUCUAAGAAGGCAAAGAGAGCUUCUGCAGCCAAGAUGAAAAGCACAAUGACUGGCUUUAGGAGUACAAAUACUUUUAGAAACACAAAUGGAUUUAGAAGUACAUAUAGCAGACCAAAGACUGCUAAACCAAAGCCUGUCAAGAAGACUGGGAAAAUGACAAAAUACAAUAAGAAAAGUGAUCCUGUAGCUCGUUAUCAGCAAAUGCAAAACUGUUGGUCUAAGAAUAAAGUAGCAAAAGGAGGAAGAAAACUUGACCUUGCUGGAUUUAAUAGAUGGGCUAAAUUAGUGCAGUCUACUCCUCAAAAAGUAACAGUAAAGCAAGUUCAUAGAUAUAUAAACCCUAACGAGCCCCUAGCCAGCAGUAAAAGGGAUGACUUGAGGUUCCAUUUAAGAGCAAAGUUGAGCCAGAAGGAUUAUGUGGAUUCCAACAUGAAAUAUUUCCAUUAUAUGAACUCUAAAUCUUAAUUGAUAUGACUAUCUUUUUAUAUUCUUCAAUGGA